GAAGCGUGUUGCACCUCAUCUGUCGAGAGAGCAGUUCGUCGAGUUCAUUCAGAAUCCACUACUCUGUUUGCCCUAUCGCGGACUUUCAAGAUGGUAAUCUCUGUUUACCAGCAAGCUCGGAAGGCAGGAUAACGCAAGGCUGAGACUACCUAGGUAGGUAGGCUACUAGGUUGACACUCCAAGCAUUUGGAUGCCCGGAGACUCGUUCUUCCGGGCGACUGUGGCUGCUGAUUGUAUCUAACAGUUAGGUGAGAGUGCUGGUGGUGCUGACCUAACAAGGGUGAAGACAGGCGCCAAUCGGCAAAUUCGCUCGCGCCAACUCGAACGAUCUCACUCAUUUCGAGGAGGCUUUCGAGGAGGCUCAAUGUCAAUCUCUAGAUCAUAAUGACAACGAAACCUGCUCGAUAUUCAUCGUCGACUUAAAGACAUGCCGGGAGCCAUCUUCAUCAACUACGUGAAUGGUGAUCAUCGCAACGAUGUCGAACAGCAGCGGAGGAUCUCCGCGCACGCUUCAGAACAGAAACAAGCCAGGCGAAAGGCAGCCUGUCGCAGGAAAAGAAAUCUAGACGCCGCCACAGAUCUUGCUGACACCCAUGACUCGUGUAUACAGAAAUACAAGUGUCGACCUCCAUCGCUGGAUGUUCUGAAUUCCUCAAGCAUUGUCGCACAGCUCGGUUUCUACCAUCAAGCCAGAAGCAAUGCCUCAAUCAAGAGCAUUGAGUUCGACCCAUACAGCACCUUCUCGACCAUGGAUGUUCCGGAACAUCGCAGGAUAGUGGACUACGUCCUUCGAUGCUACGCCCAAAGCAUCCAACCACUUCAGCGAGCUUUAGGCUGCCUAGAAGAUUCAACCAAGAAGAACUUCGCAAUGGCAUUGAUGAGCCCAGAGCUCUUCUACGCCAUAAUGGCCAUGGGUUGCGCUAGCUACGAAAUGAAGCAGACCAAGAUCAUACCGGACAGCCCGUCACAGCGUGUUCUGCAUUUCAAAGGCCUUGCGCUCCGAACACUCUCAGAGAAGCUACAAAAAGCCUUCGAUCAGGUAGACAUGUCGGCGGUCUUGGCCAUUACCAUGCUCAUGGGACUCGAUAUUUCGUAUCAAGACGCCCAACCAGUAAUGAUCCAUCGACGGGCCCUGCGUAAGUUGAUCGCAUGUCCGCCCGGACCUGGGACGCCGGAUUGUAGUUCCUGGCUGAUACACGAAAAGUUGACCCUCUUCAGAACGAACUACUUGUCCGAAGAAGAACCAGCGUGGUGCCUUGGCCCGGAUGAGACUCUACUCAGCCCAUUUCCAUCAUAUCGACGCCAACCACUCCGGUAUCCGAAUUCAUUCGAGCUUACUGCAACAUUACAGGUCAUUCCUGAGGGAUUCCGCAGCAUCGCACUCCUUGGAGGCCUGAGCGUCGAAGUGCUCGAGAUAAUCAAGCGGAUGUACAUGUUUACGAAAAUCCUCGUCAAGGCUCGCACUCGCGCUCAAUCUGUCAGUGAAUCAGAAUCCGCAUAUGUGAUCGCCUACAGAGCAGAGAACGAAUUCCACAAUUGUAUAGAUUGCUUGCGUCGAAUAUCGCCCAACGAAAGACCAGUGAAGUCAUCAUCGAACGGCCCUCCGCCCAUACUUGUCGAGCACGUCGUCUGCCUCGCACUCCUGACAUUCUGCAAUUGCGAAUUUGGAUGCAUGAUUCACGGAUCACUCUUUAAGGCUGUUCAGGAGUCGUUGCUUGUAGCUAUCAAGGGAUGCGCUGUCCAGCUGGGGCAAGAGGACUGCAUCAUCUGGGCGCGGUCCGUCGCUCUGUGGGCUGCCUGCAUCACAACGGGUCAACGUAGUCAGAGCGCAGAAGCUAUUAUCAGAGGUCUGGGCGAAGGGUAUGGAAAGCACCUGUGUCUUGAAGAAUACAGAGAUAUUCUUCGAAAGUUCCUUUGCACGGGAGACAUGAUGCUGGAAUGCGAGCGAAGCUUUAAACGACCGAUUGAUCUGCCAUCCAUGAGCAUUCCGCAGACGCCUUCAACAGGCUGGCGACCGACAAUGAGGGAGCAUAAUGCAUAACCUUCUCGGCCCAAGCAGAAUGUUGCAAGCUCACAUACUUUUUCCGAUCUGAGCCACCAUCCUUGCCUGCGUUUUGGCUCCAACAAGAGGCCGAAAUUGCUAGCCUACCAGCCAACAUUCAACUCCAUCCUUGAUUGAUACCCUAAUGAUUGCUGUCUGAUCAGCAACGACUACGGGCGGUCCUACUC